AUGCGGUUCUACUGCAACUGCGGCAGGAGCUACAAGUACCCGGAAGGUCUGCAUCGUCACAGGAAAGAAUGCGGCAAAGAAAAAAAAUAUAAGUGCCCGCACUGCGAGCACAGGAGCCACCGCACCGACAACCUUAAAAAGCACAUGCUCCGUAACAACGAUUUUGACUCUCCUUGCAACCGCAAGCGAUGUAGGAGAACGACCUUGCAAAGAAACAGCGCAAUACCAUACCUCGACUCCUCGCGUCUUCUCGAACACGACUUCUACAACUUCUCGCUGGUGGACCACUUUUACAUGGACGGAGUUUGGUUCGUGUGCAAGACGUGCAACAAAAGGUACAAACACCGGACAUCCGUAUGGCGGCACAUCAAGUGGGAGUGCAACAAGAAACCUCAGUUUGCGUGUUACGUGUGCGGGAAACGAGUCACCCAGAAGACGAGCCUCAAAGCUCACCUGGAGAACAUCCACGUCGCUUCGCGGUACCACGCUUACCACCUUCUAGACGGCCUCGACGGGCCGUAUCCCUGUCAUGUGUGUCAGAAAAAGUACAAAUACAAGACUAGCCUGAACAAGCACCUCAAGUACGAGUGCAACAAGGAUCCCAGCUUUGUGUGUCCGAUUUGCGCGAAGAAGUUCUACCAGAAAAUCCACCUUAAAAAGCACAUGCUAUCCGUACCACAAGUUGGCUGGCAGCAGCAUUGGCGCCACGAGUGCGGCAGAUUGCCGAAGUACACUUGCCACAUCUGCAACCAGGGUUUCACCCACCAGGGUCACCUCAGAUACCACCUGUCCACCACCCACAAUUUGAAUUUUGACAAUUUCGAUUUCUCAGUGCGCACGCGGCCCAAAUACUAG